UACAGGAACCUAUCCUAGGAGGAAACUGCACAUGAAUCCAUGAAAGACAGACCACAACCCCAGCUUUGACAGACUAUGAAUUGCUGGAAAGGAGCCAUAGGCAGCAACUGGAUUUAUCCCACAGUCAUCAUUUGUGCGAAUGGAUUUUUUUCCACAAUGAGGCCAUCAGAAUCUUUCCUCACUCCUUACUUAAGUGGACCAGACAAAAACCUAACAAUUGAACAGGUUACCAACCAGAUUUUCCCCGUUUGGACAUACUCCUACCUCGCACUCCUGCUCCCAGUUUUCCUGAUUACAGACUACGUGCGCUACAAGCCCGUCCUCCUCCUCCAGGGCAUCAGCUACAUCGUCACAUGGCUCUUGCUCCUCUUCGCUCACGGCGUGGUGGCCAUGCAGGUGAUGGAAUUCUUCUACGGGAUGGUGACAGCCACCGAGGUUGCCUAUUACGCCUACAUCUACAGCGUUGUCAGCGCCGAUCGCUAUCAGAGAGUGACGAGCUAUUGCAGGAGUAUCACCCUUGUUGCGGCCACAGUUGCUGCAGUGCUGGGACAGCUGCUGGUUUCCUUGGCAGACGUAUCCUACUUUCAUCUCAACGCCAUUACCCUCGCUUCUGUGUCCCUGGCAUUCCUGUGUUCCUUUCUCCUCCCGAUGCCCCAAAAGAGCAUGUUCUUCCAUAAAAAAGGUGUCUCUGAAACCCUCCCACAACCACAAAAACCUGUGGCUACACUCAGUUCCAACGGGCCAUCGAGCUGCCAACAACAGGACAAGGACUGCGCAGCUGCUGACACGGGACCAGCACCACAACAGCAGGCUGAACAGCCCAAGCCCCAGAACCACAUGCUCAGAGUACUGGUGCAGCUGAGCAGAGACUUGAGGGAUUGCUACAGCUCUAGGAAGCUGCUUUACUGGUCCCUGUGGUGGGCUUUGGCUACAGCAGGCUUCAAUCAGAUUGUGAAUUACAUCCAAGUGCUGUGGGAUUUCAGAGCCCCCUCUCACAGCUCUGCAGUGUACAACGGAGCUGUUGAAGCAAUAGCAACUUUUUUAGGUUCAGCAACAUCCAUGGCAGUUGGAUAUGUCAAAGUAGACUGGGAUCUUUCUGGAGAACUGGCUUUGGGAAUGUUCUCCGCAAUGGAUGCUGGUUCUCUGUUUCUCAUGUACUUUACAGACAACAUCUGGGCAUGUUACGCUGGUUACCUUGUAUUUAAGGCAUGCUACAUGUUCCUUAUAACAAUAGCAACGUUCCAGAUUGCUGUCAACCUAAGUAUGGAGCGUUAUGCAUUGAUGUUUGGCUUCAACAACUUUGUUGCACUGGUGAUCCAGACAAUUUUGACUGUUAUUGUAGUAGACCCAAAAGGUCUAGGACUGGAUAUCAGCACCCAGUUUCUCAUUUAUGGCAGCUACUUUGCAUUCAUAGCUGGAAUUUUCCUGACCAGAAGCAUAUACAUCAUUAUCUCCAUCAAAUGCAGAAAUGCCAGCGUGGCUCAUGAACCUAUUGAUCAUUAAGGGGAAAGAGAUGAAAAGAAUGGUUGCAAGCAACAAUGCAGAAGGCUGCAUCAUCCGAACAACUAAUUAGCGAAAACAAUGCUCAAUCAAUCAAGACUGGUCAAUGACGGAAAAGGCUGUUUAUGAGCCUUCAGCACAAAGAGCUUUGUAAACAGCAUGAUGCAUUUUUUCCCAGUUCUCUUCACCAACAGUUCUAAUCCCAGACAAUCCUCAAACACUUUUCUAUUUCAACUCAAAUUUAGUUAUGCAGUCCUGACACCAAAACUUGUGUUAAUGCUCAAUGAGCACAAUAGGAGGCAAUUUCAUACAGAUGCCUGAACCUCACAACAGAAGAGCUUACAGAAUACAACCUUUGAACUUUUCACUUCUACUGAGUAUUUUAAUUAAAGGCAAUUUACCAUUAAAUAUAAGACUUUCAAACAUGCCCGUAGAACCUAAAGAAGUAAUUGCCCCAUAGCAGCAGGAUGACCUGUAGGAAAGUUUACCACCAAAACUUUUUGGUGACUUGCACUUUUUCAACUGGAAGUUGACAUGCAUUUUUAAAGCAAGUUAAUGCAAGUAGCAUCUAACCACCCCCCCCUCCCCAAAAUGCUACCUCAGUAGGUUCAGAGGGAUUACUACAUUCUCACAAAUGACCAAAUGCUGUAACUUAUCUGUGGAGGCAAAUUUUUUUUAAGCCAGCCACAGGGAGAAUUCAAUUUCUAUACAAGGCAGUCAUACUUAAAUAAGAACGCUUAAAAUUCUAGAUAUAACUAAAGCUAAUCAGACUUUCAACUGUGUUCAAUAAUGGCCACUUUGGAGUCAUUUAUAUCAGCAGCAAUUUUCAUUAUGUUCCUCUACCACAAGGUACAGGUUAGUCAAGAGAGAAUUGCUGUUUUCUGCUUUUUAGCUCACAAUAAAAAUCAUAAUUCCUUUUAAAACAUAACUUUUUAAAACUUCUUGAGCUUACCUUUAUGCCCCAGUAAUUUCUCCCUCCAACAGAGGAGAACAUUUGCAUCAUAUUUAUGGCUCUCUUUCAGGAUUCAAACCAAAUUUGGUCCUUUUCAAACUAACCUGUAUCGAUAUUUGUUUCAAUGCAGCGCUUGGGAAGUAUGCAACCAUUAAAUUAAUAACUAAACCGCAGUACCUAGGCAUCCAUCUGCCUUGCAGAGUUCAUGAUGUACCUCCUCCAGCAUCAUCUUAAACAUAUGGUAACUGAUAUAUCAGGAUUAAAAGUAUUACUCCAGAAGCUCACCAAAUUAAUUUCUGUAAAAGAGGGAUAAAGUUAUCAAGUAAAAUGCUUUGACAUUAAAGCAAAAGAAGAUACCUAGAAGUUAAUGGGAGUAUAGCUUUUUGGCAACUAUGACAGUCAUGUGAACAACUGCAUGAACAACUGUAGAAAAUUUUAAGACAAGACACGAUUUCUAAUCAUGGGAGAAAUAUUUAUUCAUUUUGUACUUAUAGCUUUUAUAAAAAAGUCAAGGCAGCUAUGGUGUCAGUUUCUGUUCAAUAUGAAGGAGAUUCAAGACAAUACAAGAUCUUCAGCCACUUGUCUAGAGUUUGAUGAAGUUAGCAAACAUACACUAAACUGGUGUGGUUGGGUAUAAAGUAAGAAUUGGCAGCCUUUUAUGCAUUCAAGCUAGUAAUGGAAAAAUAAGACAUUCUGCUAUUUCUGCAGCAUAAUUUAAAUAUGCAGCCUUGCAUAUUUAAAUGAAUUCCAGUAUCUUUUAGCAGUAAACAGCUUCAUUUAGGUCAGAACAACUUGUCCAAAGCCUAGCUUAUAUCAAUUUAGAAAUUAAGGGAGCACAGGAUUGUUCCCCUUCCACAGCGUGGUCUUCAUCUCACUGAAGAGACAUUCAGUUCUCUGCAAUAAGUAUAUUUAAGUGUUCCACAAAUCCUUCUAAACCCUUGAAGAUUCCCAUUCUUUACUGUAUUCCUGUGUCAUUAUUCCAAAACAGAUGUCAACAAUAGAGAAAUACAGCUAUUUAUAUUAUACUGGUGAGGGCAUCACUAACACCCUGAAAAAAAGUGUAGUUGCUGGGGGUUUGCCUAAGAAUUCCCCAAAGGGUCUCAGGAAUUAAAACAUACACUGCUCCACAUCCAGCAGUCCUAGUCAGAAUGACAAGCAAGACUCCAAGUCUCUUUAACUUUAAAUACAUCAACAGGACAGAACAGACCUUUAAGUGCAGAACACUACUAGAAGCAAUCUGUUACAUCUGCCUGUCCUUUGGGAUCUCCAAAGCUUCAGAAGAAGUUAACAUAUGGAAAACACCAUUCCCCACAGGUAGACAACGUGAGUCAGCAGCCCUAGCAUAAGAGUAUAAAUACAAGCAAUGAUCAAGCCUUUCAGCUCCCCUGGAAAUAAGCAGAUCUAGCGUUCAGGCAGGCAGUUACAAAUAAAGUUUCUUACCUUCAGGAAUUCUCCCAUUUGUCUCAAACUGGCUUCCACAUCAUUUUCUCAAAUAUCCGUAAUAAACUGAUCCCAUUUAUUCCUGUUAUUCCUGUUAUUUUGAAAACUGUUAGAUCUUUAUUCUUCAACUGGCCAGAAGCUUGAAGUCCUUGUAUUCAAUGUUUACAUUAAUUGCUUAGCUCUGGUGUUACACUUGAACUUAAGCCAAAUUAAGUGUUUAAAACCCACCACUGACUACUUUGAUGAACGUACUCUUGUUGCAACUUUCCUAUUAAGGAUUAGACAAGCCACACAUUUACUCCUCUACAGAUGCUAUUCUAGUAUGACAGGAAAUAUUCCAGUAAAUAAAAAUAAAUUAACAUUCCACAGGUCUUACUAAUAUAUGUGCAUUUUUAAUAAAAUGAGCACUAGUCCAUUUGUUGUACCUUGGGCUGCUAUUACACAUACUGUUCUGCUCACAACUACGUCAUGGUCAAAGACUCCAUCAUUAGCUACCCACAAUUAUAUCUUUUAGCAGUUAGCCUUUUUUCAAGUCACUACCAGUGACUUUCAGUGUCCUUCAUUAUACAGCUAUCCUGUCAGAGUAACUCAGCUCAAGUUUCCUGUUAGACAAGUCACUUGAGCUAGAACAGCAGGUUUAAUCACAAGGUCAAAAUGUAACUAAAACUGAGGGAUAUGAAAAUUAAGCUUAAAUCACCUUUGAGCAUAUCACUUUUGGUAACUCAUUUGUGUGAGAGAUUCACAGUAUGAACAUUCUAACCCAAUAAAGUGUUAUUGCACAGAAAUAAAGCUACACAAUUUUUUUCCUAAUAUUUAUUUUUUUCACCUGCAAACUGUAGCAAAACAUGAUCAGCUUUAUUAUGCAGACAGGUAUCCCUCUAACAUUAGAGAUUUAGGCAUGUAUAAAUAGAAGAGCUCUUAGGAAAGGAAACAAACCUUCAAUUUAACAUCAUGACUUCCAAUACCAAUGGUUAAAAUGAUGUAGCUCAUUCAUUCCAAGAGAUACAACAGCACCUUAAAGUGGCUGAUCUAUUUCCCAGUAACAUUUUCCACAUAACAAUGUGUUAAAGUUACAAAUACUGAUAUGCACAAAUAGCUAUUUUCUAAGAAAAAUAUGUACAGUACUGCAGCAUAAUGAAUGUGGUAUCUGCAAUAACUUAUUAGCCAAUUUUAAUAUACAUGAUACCGCUACUUUUUACCUGCCAGUUCACAGGUUCAAGGAUGUUACCACAGCCCUCUGUUUUGCACGUUAUUACCUGGGGAGAGGUGUGUGUGUGUGUGUGGAGGGGAGGGGGUGUCGAUUUUCUUUGUUUGGGGGGGGGGGGGGGGGGGGGGGGCGGGUGUUGUUUUUUGUUGUUGUUUUUUGUGUUUUUGUGUG